AUGCUGCCGCCUCGCCGCUGCGUCCUGUGGACUCUGAUCUGCGCCGCCUCGGCCGCCGUGUUUGUGCCGCAGGACGGCGCUCACAGCGUCCUCAGAUCCAAACGGGCCAACAGCGGCUUCCUGGAGGAGCUGCAGGCGGGGAACCUGGAGAGGGAAUGUGUCGAGGAGAUCUGCGACUACGAGGAGGCGCGGGAAGUCUUCGAGGACGACGCCCUGACGAGGCAGUUCUGGCAGACGUACAGCGGUCGGAGGCCCUGCGAGCUCAAACCCUGCCACAACAACGGGGUGUGCCUCGCCGCCGGCGCCUCCUUCACCUGCCGCUGCCCCGAAGGCUUCGAGGGCAAGUUCUGCCAGACAGUGUUUGAGGACAGCCUGCAGUGUCUCUACCUGAACGGCGGCUGCCAGCAUUUCUGCCUCGCCGGCGCCCCCAAGAGGAGCUGCUCCUGCGCCGCCGGCUUCAGCCUCGCAGACGACGGCCGGGGGUGUGUCGCCCAGGUCGAGUUCCCGUGCGGUCAGGUUCCUCCAGAGGAACCGCAGAACCAGACGGUCCAGACCCGCCUGGUGGGAGGGAACCACUGUCCCCACGGAGAGUGUCCCUGGCAGGUUCUGGUCCAGCAUCGGGGCAGCAGUCACUGUGGAGGCGUUCUGGUCCGUCCGGACUGGGUCAUUACUGCUGCCCACUGUAUCCAUGGCAACGACCCCCAAGACCUCACGGUCGUAGCAGGGGAACACAACCUGGAUAUUGAGGAGGGAACAGAGCAGAGAAUUCCUGUUUCCAUGGCGAUCAGCCACGAGAGCUACGUCCCGGAGACAGGCGACAGCGAUGUCGCUCUGCUGCGUCUGAGCCGGCCGGUCACCCUCGGGCGCCACGCCGUCCCCGUCUGCCUGCCGACUAAAGACUUGGCCGAGCGCGAACUGAUGCUGGUGCGGUACCACGUCGUGUCGGGGUGGGGCAAGAGGACCAGCGGGGGCAACGCCGAGGCGUCCGGCGCCCCGUCCGAUGCCCCCCUGUCCCCGGUGCUCCGCCGCCUGUCCGUCCCCCUCCUGCCGAACGACCGCUGCUCCCAGGUCGCCGACUUCAACUUCACCGACAACAUGCUCUGCGCCGGCUACUUGGAGGGGCAGCAGCCGAGUUGCCGCGGCGACGACGGCAGCCCACUGAUCACUCUCUACGGCUCCACCCACUUCCUGACUGGCGUGGUCGGCUGGGGGCGAGGCUGCGCUCACCCGGGGUAUUAUGGGGUGUAUGCUAACAUGGCCAACUUUGUGGAUUGGGCGGAGACCACCAUGGAGGCUCCACCCACUGUGGCAGUAGCCAAUGAGAAGCAGGCACCAACGCCCCCGUCUCUGGCCAUGUUGGAACAGAAACUGGUGUAA